CGGAGCUGUACAACACGACAUGCUCAUCCUGUCCGCCCGUUCUGCAAUGAGGAGUCCGCUGCCAUCCAGCCUCCUCAUCCGCCACCACCGCCCGCUCGACGCCAUCUAGCAGUGGCCGAAGACCGUCAGCGCAGCAUGUCGCUCGUCCCAUACGUCCCCGCCGAGUCGCGCGAAGUCGUCCUUCGCCACGGGUCCGCCGUCGUCGUCUUUGACCAGCACUCCAAACAGCUCUCCCUCCGCGCUGCCUCCUCCACCUCCGUCGAGCCGACAUCAUGUCCCUACUGUCACCGCCCGCUGCGCGAUCCCUCUGCCCACGAUCCCGAUAUUCAUGACCAUGUGCCUCCUUCGAAUCUCGAGACUGAGCAUGGCUUCGUGAACCCAGCGUACUUUGGCAUGCUGCGCCGCAGCCAGCCCGGGUCCACCGAGCCCUCGCGCCCUUCGUCGCCCACCAAGCGCUUGCGCCAGAUACCUUUGCCCGGCCGAGAGAGCAGUGGGAGCGCCAGUGCAGCGGCAGAGAUGCCUGCGCCGCCAGGAACAGAAUUUGUGGAGAGCUCGCCUGCCAUGCCAUCGCGGGAAGGGGGUAUCUCGGCCAAGGCAUUCAGUCCAAACUAUUUCAAAGAUUUCUUCGUCGAAGACAGGGAGCUUGGGAGGGGUGGGAAGGGAGUCGUACUGUUGGUGAGGCAUGUGCUGGAUGGGGUGCCGUUGGGGCAGUUUGCGUGUAAGAGGGUGCCGGUUGGGGAUGAUCAUGAGUGGUUGGAAAAAGUCUUGAUUGAAGUGCAGUUGCUGCAGAAUCUUCAACAUCAGAACUUGGUGUCGUACCGCCACGUCUGGCUCGAGGAUUACCAAAUCUCAACCUUCGGACCUAGCGUCCCAUGCGCCUUCAUCCUGCAGCAAUAUUGCAACUCCGGCGACCUACACCAUUACGUAUUGGGCGGCUCGAUGGGUAGAAAUGCAAUGACUCCUCAGGAACUGAAGGCACGGCUGCGUCGCCGAUCAAAAGGUCAACUAGAUGUACCAAACGAAUUGGGCGGACCACGGCGAAUGCACUUCGAAGAGAUUUUAUCCUUCUUCAAAGACAUUACCUCCGGUCUCAAUCACUUGCACGCGCACGGCUACAUCCAUCGGGACCUGAAACCCAGCAACUGUCUUCUCCAUGACGAUGGCAAACGCCUAACCGUCUUGGUAAGCGACUUCGGAGAAGUUCAGGUUGUCAACGCUACACGCAAGUCUACUGGAGCGACGGGCACCAUAUCGUACUGCGCUCCUGAAGUCCUCCGGCGCCAGACCCCUAAUGGGCCUUUGGGAAACUUCUCCACUAAAUCCGACAUCUUUUCCCUUGGGAUGAUCGUCUACUUCAUGUGUUUUGGUCGCCUGCCGUACGUUAACGCAGACGGCAUUGACGAAGACAACGAGGAUCUCGAACUACUUCGAGAAGAGAUUACGGGCUGGGCCGGCUUCAACGACGAACACCGAGCUAGACCCGAUCUCCCAGACAUUCUAUACCGCCCUCUCCGACGGCUUCUUUCCCUCGAUCCAGCCGAGCGCCCUGGCACAGAAGAGAUCCUCCAAGUCUUCAAAUCCCCUUCCAAAUUUGACGAGAUAGGCGGAUAUGCUGCACCUUCUGGCCUGGAAGAGCUUGGCUCCCGCAUAUCACUCGCCGAUACACCUUCACCAGCUCCAACGAAGCACGCACGGAAAACCUCGAAAGCGACUUUCGUGCGCCCGGGUGCAUCAAAGCUCUCCGCCUCUCUUGGGCCUUCUCGUUCACCCAGCCCCGUUAGCCACACCACAUUGUCGUCAUCUCCGAACACCACACCCCCCGAAUCCUCGGUCAUGUUGCGCCCGCGGAAAUCGAUACCAGAUGUCGUAGCUCUUCCCCGGCCUCGCUCCCUCUCCCGACCCACGUCUCCUCGCCUCAUGCUGCCACCUCCGCCACCCCGCACUCUCUCGGACCGCCUACACCACGCUCUCUCGCACCCGAGUCUCCUCUCGCUCCUCAAGAUAAUGCUGUUCGUGAGCAAACUAGUCAGUCUCAGCAGUCCGUGCUUCCCGCUCGCGCCGAACCCGAAGGUCGCCUGGCCACUCCUUUGUCUGGCGCUGCUGGACUUUGGGAUCGGUAUCGAUGAGGCCGGGGCGGGUUACUGGAGUAGUGUGGUGCUGGCGGCGGUGCAUAUUGGUGCUGUACUAGGUGUGGUGAAGUGGGGAGGGGGGCUCUGCGUGAGUCCACGGUGGAGCGAUAUAUGAGACUGCAUGGUAAUGAUAGGGUUGCAAGGCGUUCCGGCGUUUUCAAAUUGCGUUUGCGCUUUGCUCGGGGAGUUCGGUACGGUGGCGGUGUCUGAAAAGUUUAGAUGGUAGGGAUUUUGUCAUGAUAGCACCUAACUCUAUCUGUAACUUUCCCUCUAUCACGUCUUCACUCUGCUGAUUAGAUUCUCGGAGUAAAAAUCAAUUGUCUCCAAUUAAAAGCCCCUCAUCCCUCGUCAUUGCAUAGUAGCGAGUUAGGUCUGUCCGAUAAUUCUUCCCCAAAUCGAAGGGAUCCGAUUAUGUUGACCCUAUUCAAGACUAUCUCAAAACCCAACUUAAAGCCCAUCUCAGUUUCCAGAUUAACCAUCUAAGAUACUCGCCACUGUAAAGCAAUUUCCAACCAAACAACUGCUGCUAGAUCCGCCGAUUUGUACCGCAUAUUUCUCAAC